AUGGCCAUGGCGGCCGUGGCGGGGGCUCGGGCCGUGCGCUGCGCGCUCUGCCGGGGCGGCCCGAGGCGCUGGUACCGCACCGAGCGCGGCGUCUACGGCUACAAACCGCGGAAGGCGGCGGGAGGGCGGGCGGAGGAGCAGCGCGGCGCCGGCAGAGCAGUUGACCACGCUCUUGCUCGUUUAAUAACUGCCUAUGCUGAACAUGGCCACAAAGCAGCCAAAAUAAACCCGCUGUUUGCCGGCCAAGCUGUUAUGAACAUGGUACCUGAAAUCCAAGAGCUGGCUGAAGUUCUUCAGGGUUCUCUCGUCACUACAGGACUUUUAAACAUGGGAAAAGAAGAGGCUUCUGUAGAGGAUGUGAUGGCUUAUCUUGACCAUAUAUACUGCGGGCACAUUUCCAUAGAAACAAGCCAGCUUCCAACUUUGGAGGAGAGAGAAUGGUUUGCUAAAAGAUUUGAAGAGCUAAAGCAAGAAGCAUUUACACCUGAAGAGAAAAAGCACUUGUGCAAACUGAUGCUGGAGUCCCAGGAGUUUGAUCACUUCCUGGCCACCAAGUUUGCCACGGUGAAGCGAUAUGGUGGUGAAGGAGCAGAGAGCAUGAUGGGCUUCUUCCAUGAGCUGUUCAAGAUGUGUGCCUACAGCGGGGUCACGGAUAUCAUCAUUGGAAUGCCUCACCGGGGAAGGCUGAAUCUGCUCGCUGGCUUGCUCCAGCUUCCUCCUGAGCUCAUGUUCCGCAAGAUGCGUGGUUUGAGUGAGUUUCCAGAGAAUUCAGCAGCCAUUGGGGACGUUCUCUCCCACCUGACAUCUUCUGUAGAUCUGGACUUUGGCUCCCACAGACCUGUGCAUGUCACCUUGCUCCCCAACCCCUCACACUUAGAAGCCAUCAACCCAGUGGCUGUGGGCAAGACACGAGCCAGGCAACAGACUCUACUCGAAGGCGAUUACUCCCCAGAGAGUUCUGCACAGCCUGGGGACAAAGUUAUUUGCCUGCAGGUUCAUGGCGAUGCUGCUUUCUCUGGGCAAGGGAUUGUUCCUGAAACACUGACCCUCUCUAAUCUACCACAUUUCAGAGUUGGUGGGAGCAUCCAUUUGAUUGUUAAUAACCAGCUGGGCUAUACCACUCCUCCAGAGCGAGGAAGGUCAUCUCUGUACUGCAGUGACAUUGGUAAAAUCAUUGGAUGUGCAGUUAUCCAUGUGAAUGGGGACGAUCCUGAGGAAGUUGUCCGUGCCACACGACUGGCCGUGGAGUACCAGCGCCAGUUCCGCAGGGAUGUCAUUGUGGACUUGCUGUGCUACAGGCAGUGGGGCCACAAUGAGCUUGAUGAGCCCUUCUUCACCAACCCCAGCAUGUACAAAAUCAUCAGAUCCCGUAAGAGCAUCCCGGACACGUACGCGGAACACCUCACGGCUGCUGGGCUCAUGACGGAGGCUGAAGUGUCUGACAUCAAGACCGCGUGCUAUUCUAAGCUGAACGAUCACCUCGCCAACAUGACUUCGUACAACCCACCUCCCACCAACCUGCAGGCUCACUGGAAAGGCUUCGUGGAGCCUUCUGCCAAAAUCACCACCUGGGACACAGGGAUGCCUGUGCCUCUCCUGCAGUUCAUUGGAGUCAAGUCUGUGGAGGUGCCCGAAGAGCUCCAGAUGCACAGCCAUCUCCUGAAGACCUAUGCACAGUCAAGAGUUCAAAAAAUGGAGGAAGGAAAAAAGCUGGACUGGGCAACAGCUGAAACUUUAGCAUUUGGUUCUCUGCUGAGCCAAGGGUUUAAUAUCAGGCUGAGUGGACAAGAUGUUGGCAGAGGAACCUUCAGCCAACGACAUGCCAUGUUGGUUUGCCAAGAGACAGAUGAUACCUACAUUCCUCUGAAUCACAUGUCCCCAGACCAGAAGGGUUUCCUAGAGGUGAGUAACAGUCCCUUGUCUGAAGAAGCUGUGCUUGGUUUUGAAUAUGGAAUGAGUAUUGAGAGCCCUAAGUUACUGCCGAUUUGGGAAGCUCAAUUUGGAGACUUCUUUAAUGGAGCCCAGAUAAUAUUUGACACUUUCAUCUCUGGAGGUGAGGCUAAGUGGCUUCUGCAGAGUGGGAUAGUAAUUCUUCUUCCCCAUGGCUACGAUGGUGCAGGCCCUGAGCACUCGUCCUGCCGGAUGGAACGGUUCUUACAGAUGUGUGACAGCUCAGAGGAGGGAGUUGAUGGCGACCAGGUCAACAUGUCAGUUGUGCAUCCCACCACCCCAGCACAGUAUUUCCAUUUACUCCGGCGGCAAAUGGUCCGAAACUUCAGGAAACCUCUCAUUGUUGCUUCCCCCAAAGUGUUACUCAGGCUUCCAGCUGCUGUAUCAAGUUUUGAAGAAAUGGCCCCAGGGACAACAUUCAAGCCUGUCAUUGGUGACUCCUCCGUAGAUCCUAAAAGUGUCACCCAAGUGGUGCUGUGUUCUGGGAAGCAUUACUAUGCUCUGGUGAAGCAAAGAGAAACCCUGGGAGAGAAGCAGCGCAGCACAGCUAUUCUGAGACUUGAAGAGCUCUGUCCUUUCCCCCUGGAAGCUCUACAGCAAGAGUUGAGCAAAUACAGCCGUGCAAAAGUCUUCAUCUGGAGUCAGGAGGAACCACAGAACAUGGGUCCAUGGUCCUUUGUGUCUCCACGGUUUGAAAAGCAGGUGGGGCUUAAGCUCCGUCUUGUGAGCAGACCUCCUCUACCAGCCCCAGCAGUUGGCAUUGGAACCCUCCACAACAAGCAGCAGGAAGAUGUUCUGACCCAUACCUUCAUCUGAGUUUUCAAUGGAUGGACUGCUCCUGAUGUCAGUCAUGUUUAGUGCCUCCUCUUGUGAAGAACAAAAGCCAGAUCCUGAAGACUCAUAGUUCUUCAAAAUGGGAAAAAAAAAAAAAAAAAAAGGUGGAAUAAGUUUGGUAAUCAUGAAGCAAUUUUUUCAUGUUGGGGAAUACCUAACAAUAACAAGUGCCUGUUACUCCUGAUACUUCUUGUCCUCUUACACAAUUUUCUACUAAAUGUCUUUAUAAAGUUAAAAAUCCAGUCCAGGGGACAGAUUGGUGAGGUGACUGUGGAAUACCUUGUAUCUUGCUGCUUAUUUGCACUUGACAGUUUCUUGGGAUGGUGCAUGUGUGGAAACAGGUUCUGUUUCUUCUGUUUCCACUGAAGUGUUAGUACUGCUUGAGCAAAUAAAUGCUUCCCCAUGUCUGGGAAUGAGCCAUUUCUAUAGCAGAA